AUGAAGUUAAUCGCUUGCGCGCUGCUCGUUGCAGGCAGUGCUUCUGCCUAUUCACCAUUCCAACAAGUCCUAACAGCGCCUUCUCGCCAUGUAACGGAUUCUUGGUCGAAGCCCCUCCAAGACCUUCAAGCUUCGCUGAAGUCUCUGACGACUGACGCACGUGCAAUCUGGGAUGAGGUUGCGCUUAUGUUCCCAGAAUCAAUGGAAAAGGCGAAUUUCUUCUCGUCACCCAAGAAGCACAGGCGCAGACCUCAGACGCACUGGGACUACAUCCUGAAAGGAGCCGACAUACAGAGUGUCUGGAUAGACAAUCAAGAUGGCGUGAAAGAGAGGGAGAUUGAUGGCAAAUUGGAGCCUUACAAUUUGAGAUCAAAAGCGGUAGAUUCCAGCUCGUUGGGUGUUGAUCCAGAUGUAAAGCAAUUUUCCGGGUAUUUGGACGAUGAGGAAAAUGAUAAGCAUCUAUUCUAUUGGUUCUUCGAGUCUCGAAAUAACCCGGAGACUGACCCUGUUGUGCUUUGGCUCAAUGGAGGACCAGGUUGCAGUUCCUUGACAGGGCUGUUCAUGGAGCUUGGCCCAGCAAGUAUAAACAGCAAAAUCGAGAUUGUUCAUAAUCCGUCCUCGUGGAACUCCAAUGCUUCAGUCAUCUUUCUCGACCAACCCGUCAACGUGGGUUACUCAUACAGCGGAAGCAGCGUUAGCAACACAGUUGCUGCAAGCAAAGACAUCUAUGCUUUGCUUACUCUCUUCUUUAAACAAUUUCCACAGUACGCAAAGCAAGAUUUCCACAUCGCUGGAGAGUCAUACGCUGGCCAUUACAUCCCUGUCUUCGCUUCAGAGAUUCUGAGUCACAAGAAGACCAACAUCAACCUCAAAUCCGUCCUUAUCGGAAAUGGGCUUACUGACGCUCUUGAGCAAUACCCUGCAUAUGAACCAAUGGCCUGUGGCAAAGGUGGUUGGCCAGCAGUUGUAGACGAGGGCACAUGCCAGUCGAUGAGAAAUGCACUACCCCGCUGCUUGUCACUCAUCGAAGCCUGCUACAAUACCGAGAGCGUAUGGACCUGUGUUCCGGCAACGACUUACUGCAACAACGUGGAGCUCGGUCCAUAUCAACAGACGGGCAAGAAUCCAUACGAUAUGCGAAAGAAAUGUGGCGAUAAUCCGCUUUGCUACGACGGUCUGGACUGGAUCAGCACUUGGCUUAACAAGCCGUCCGUCAUGGAAGCACUAGGUGCGGAGGUCGACAGCUACGAUAGUUGCAAUUUCGAUAUUGGUGAUGCAGACUUCAUCUGCAAUUGGCUUGGGAACCAGAAAUGGACGGAUGACCUAGAGUGGUAUGGCAGUGAGGCUUAUGGCAAAGUCGGGGUCACAGAUCUUAAGCUUGGUGGCAGUGGCAAAAAGAUUGGGGAGGUCAAGAGCAGUGGCAAUCUGACCUUCAUGCGAAUUCAUGCAGCUGGACACAUGGUCCCCUUGGAUCAACCGGAGGCUGGCUUAGACUUUUUCAACCGCUGGAUAUAUGGUGAAUGGACUCCGGAAGCGUGA